AUGUCAAAGAAAACUAAAGUAAUAAGCUUGAGUGAAUUGUCAUUGGGUAGAUUGGCAAACAUAAUAACAUCAGGAGUUGGAUAUUGUAUAGUAGCCGAGACAAUGGAGACAACAAAUUUUAAUUUACAUGAAUUGGAUAUGUCACUAAUUAUGGUCGAAAUAAAUUCAUAUCUAGAUGCUAAUGGUGCGACACAUACAAUUUAUGAAGAACUCCUCAAGUUAAUAUUAAGUACAGAUAAUUUGCAGGCAUCAGUACGCUUCGUUUGUCUCCAAAUGCUUCUUAAUCAUAAUGUUAAGUCAUUGACAACAGAAAUCUUUCCAUAUCCGUAUUAUGAGAAGAUAUUGCAAGUGAUAUCGAUGCAGGGACGAGGCAUACGUUAUUUGAAUUUGAAAGGAAUAUGGAUACGAGAGGAAAUGAUGAGUUUGAUGUUUUCCAUUAUUAAGAAUUUACCGUACUUGAUAAAAUUGGUCAUUCCAUACAUUGCAAAUGAUGAUGUCCUUUAUCAUUUAAUGAAUCAUCAAAAGAAUAUAUUAUAUUUAGAUAUAUCGGGUGAAACGGAUAUAACAGACAUUGGAAUUGAUUAUUUGUGCACAUCAAGUGUUAGCAAGACAUUAACAUGCAUCGAUAUUGGAACAUUGGGUGAGGAGAAUAUUGAUCAUGUCGAUAUUGCAUCAUUAUUGAUUUUCGUACAAAAUCUAACAACUCUUGGCUGCUAUUCGUUUGUUGGCAAAUCAUUACAGUAUAUUAUUGACAGCAUAAAUCCCACAUUUGUAUCUAAAUUACAAUACAUACAUGAUACAUGUACAAUGGAAUCUACAAUUAAUGCCAUAUGCAAGACAUGUCCCGAUCUCAAACAUCUCUAUUUUGAUUCACCUGACUCUAAUAUUCUUCAUCACUUGACAAAGCUACGUAAUCUUCAACAUUUAAAGAUUUAUCGUUUCCAAUGUGAUGAAAUUAUUCCCAUACUCAAAACAAUGGGAUCACAAUUUCAUCAUUUGACUUUUAUGAAGGGACGUGGUAUUAUGGAUGUUAUACAUUUGAUUAAAUAUUGUCCGAAUUUAAUCGAUCUUGACUUUUACAUGAUGGAUGAGCUCACACUCAACAUUGCGUACGAGGAGGAUUUUAAACGUUUGAAAAGCUUAGAGAUACUUAAUAGUCCAAUGAGUGCUAUAGCCUUACAACAUUUAAUAUGCAAUUGUCAUCAGACGGUAAGACGAUUAGCUGUCGAUCAAGUGCCGUUUACGGAGGAAGAGAUGAUAAGCAUUUUACUGGAUUACAAUUUCAAUAAAUUAGAGGACAUUUGGUUUACAUCUGCAUCUAAUUUAACAAUGGUAACGAUAGAACUACUGCUUCAACUUCCUGAAUUAUUGUCUAUUGGACAAUUGUCUGGAUGGAAUUUGACACCCGAUGAUAUUAUACUGCUCAAAGGCAUCCUCAAAAGUGGCAAUUCAUGUUUGACGUUAUCGCCUUCAAAUUUAUACUCGUGA